GGGUAUUAGGUGUAAAAAAACUUAUUUUAGUGCGUUCAGACGUGCCAGAUGCGGCUGUGAGAGACCGGGGUAUUCGACGCCAAGCGCCACAACUACCGAGGCAAAAGCCGUUUCUGUUCCUAUGAUUGGUCGAAACACUUCCGCCUCCUUGCCUGUCCCUUGUUUGGGCGAUGGAGGACACGUGACUAGUGGUAUCUAGGACGGCUCUGGGGUUCAUACGUGGUUUACUGUUGCCCCGGGGAGUAUCUGCCUUCGCUGAAGGGGAAGUAUAAUUCUCCCGUUCCUUUACUUUUGGAUCUUGAGGGGGAGGGAGAGUACUCCGUCUCUCAGUUUAGGCUUGCUAAAGCUCUAAUCCUGAAGGAAGUACUCAAGAAAAAUGACUCACUGGUUUCAUCGAAAUCCUUUGAAAGCUACAGCUCCUGUCUCAUUCAAUUACUAUGGGGUAGCCACCACUCCUGCUGCAACAAAGAUAUGCAAUGAUUUAAGGUUAUCAAGAACACGGCUCCUGGAGCUUUUUACAGAUUUGAGUUGUACUCCAGAAAUGAUGAAAAAUGCAACUGAUACUUAUUUUUCACUCUUGAAAGGGUUCAUAGUUUCACUGGAUGACUCUUCACAAGACAGCAAGCUGAGAUACAUUCAGAACUUUAAGUGGACAGAUACCUUACAAGGACAGCUACCAAGUGCCCAGCAAGAUGCUGUGUUUGAGCUUGUUUCCAUGGGAUUUAAUGUGGCUUUGUGGUACACUAAAUAUGCAUCCAGGCUGGCUGGGAAAGAAGACGUAACAGAAGAUGAAGCGAAAGAGGUCCACCGUAGUUUGAAAAUGGCAGCUGGGAUCUUUAAACACUUAAAGGAGAGUCACAUCCCUAAGCUGAUCACUCCAGUAGAGAAGGGACGAGAUUUAGAAGUUCGGCUUAUGGACUCCUACAUCAUCCAGUGCCAAGCUGAAGCACAAGAAGUGACAAUUGCCCGAGCUAUUGAGCUGAAACACAAUCCCGGUUUAAUAGCAGCUCUGUCCUAUGAAACAGCCAAUUUUUACCAGAAAGCAGAUCAAACACUGUCAAGUCUGGAUCCAGCAUACACAAUUAAGUGGCGAAAAUACCUUCAUUUGAAGUGCUGUUUCUAUAUGGCCUAUGCUUACUGCUACUAUGGCCAAACCCUCCUGGCUAGUGAUAAAUGUGGAGAAGCAAUAAGAUCUCUUCAAGAAGCAGAAAAAUUUUUUUCCAAGGCAGAAGCAUUGUGCAAAGAAUAUGGUGAAACCAAAGGGCCUGGAACUACAGCUAAGCCUUCAGACCACCUCUUUUUUAGGAAACUGGGAACUCUGGUGAAAAGCACCUUGGAAAAAUGCCAGCGAGAAAAUGGAUUCAUUUAUUUCCAGAAAAUCCCUACAGAGGCUCCUCAGUUGGAGCUAAAGGCAAACUAUGGUCUUGUCGAGCCUGUUCCUUUUGAGUUCCCUGCUGUGCAUGCACACUGGACACUAGAAUCCCUUGCUGCAUUUGAUCUCACCAAGAGGCCAAAGGAGGAUAGUGCUAAACCGAAGCCAGAGGAGGAAGUAAAACCUGUGAAAGAGCCAGAUAUAAAACCUCAAAAAGACACUGGAUGCCAGAUUUCUUAAACUCCCCAAGUGCAUUGAAUACCCCUUGUGCGCUGCGUUUUGCAAACUCUGGCGUUUCACUGUUCACCCCCUUUGCUGAUUCUUCUGGACUCCUUCAUCCUCAAAAAGAAUUCACUGCUUUUCAUGUUUCGUAACUGUCAUUCUGGAUUGAGUGUAUGUGGUUUCCUUUCAUAAGGAUGUUGGAAAGGAUGAGAUUAAAACUGGGUGGAAAAUAUCUGCUUCAGUUCUUUGAGGGUGAGUUAGAAGUCUAAACGAGGAAAGUCUGAGGAAGCCUUGGAAGAUGCUGCAUAAAAAAACUGACUCAGAUACAUCAUGCAAGAAUACCAGGGAUGUACUUCAAGAGCAUGGAGACUUAAGCUAUCAAGCUAAUGAACAACGUAAAGAAAUCAUAGCACAUGAGAGUACAGGGGCUUUCAACUAGCUUUUGAUCUUGAGGACCUUUGACAGAAGCAUUUUGACUCGUAUCCAACAACUGUUUUCGCCCAUUGGAAGGAUGUUUCUGCCAGCAGAGGGGGUGGAGACAAUUUCCACCCAAUCCCCCCCCCUUCCACACACACACAUAUUGUGCCCAGGCUUCUUCCUAGGAUCCCUGUGGGCUACAGCAGGAAGUGGAGGGGGAAGUGUGGUUCUCAUUGGAUUGCAAGCCCCUAUUCUAGGAAUGUUUGAAAGAAAGAGAACACGAUUGUAGAAGCAUCUGUUGAGAGUCAUUCAUCCUGUUUAUCAUAAGAGCUUAGCAGAAGUAAAACUUGUCUAGAAGGACCAUUAUUUAAGUCUAUACCAUCUUGGAUAAGCAGUAUCUAAGAAAUGUUCCUUCCGAGACUAAAAAAUGCCCUGUUAAGAGGAUUUACAGGUGCUAUUGUACAUGUAGUUAAUAUAAAGAAGAGUCAAAGGAGGGCAGAUUACACGAAAGAGCAAUGUAGAGAAGUUGGUAUGAUUUAUGGAGAGGAUGAAGGGAAAGUACCUAAUUUCAGCUGCAGGACAUAAACCUCCUGUGAGAUUAUUGUUGGUAUAAUGUGUUUGUGACAUGGCAGUAGAUACUAUAAGUAAUAGAGACUAAAAGUAAUGUAAAAGAGUUGUGUAAAUCCAGGAAAAGUAACACAGAAAGUUGUGGACUAAUGGGACUUUGAAAAUAGCAAGGCUGUAACAGAUGGUUAUGUGGAAAAGCAGGAGCAGAGCAUUCUUCUUAAAGGGGGCAUGAAGGAUGGUGCGACUCUCGAAAAAGCAAACAUUGGGCGCACUGAUGGUGUGUGAAAACGUGUUGGGUUGUGGAACACGACCACCCUUAGCUGAGUGGAGUGACAGGACACAACGUCGGCAUAAGGCUGGCAAGAGGAGCCUCUUGUGUUGGCAGGAUACACCCUUGUGCUCACAGACUUGCUGCCCAUAGCUGAGCAGAGUGGAGGGGGAGGGCACAACCCACUGAACCCUGAUCACUAGAAGCGCUGAAGUGAAACGUAUACAACUGUUUUGGAACAGAAUAUCCUGUAGUGACAAUGAAAUUUAGUGCAUGAGUGGGUUAGUUAACGCUCUAGUCUGGAUUUGUAUGUGUGUGCGAUGACUUACUCUCUACUUCUGGCCUGUUUUUUGGGCCUGCAUUUAGUGAGUAUGUGAGCAGCCAUGGUUUCAAAGUUGGCUGGAGGUCAGGAGCCUAAAGGGCAUUUAUUACAAUGUCAUGUUCUUAAAAUUUGCUGUAUCUGCCAUGCAAGUCCAACUCUUCACCAGAAUUAAAAUUAUCCAGAUGUUUUGGGAUGUCGUCUCUUUCUCUCAAACCAGAAUCCAGUAAAGAAAUAAUGUGGAGCUGCUUCAGUGCAUAGAAAACCUUUAUGAAAAAUUUUCAUGUAGUGAUCUGCGCAGUGCUCGGCUGGAUACUGGCAGAGUUGAUCACAGAGUAUUUCAGUGGUUUAAGAAACUUUGGAAUAUACGUUACUAAAGAAUUUGUACUACUUGUAGAUAGAGUAGUAACAAAGGAGCUAUUUUGCCUAGUAUGCCUUUAACCAGCCAGUACAAUGCAGUGAUCAUUUAAAUAACCCAUCCGCAGAUUUAGCAGAGAAAACGAAUCCUGCAGCCCAACCAGCCAGUUCUUCUCCAUCUACAUGUUUUCAGAACUCAGUCCCUUUUAUUCCAACGCGACUUGCAAGUAACGGAACAUAGGAUAGUGACCUUAAUGUAUUUUUACCUCAUUUCAGUGCUCUUAUUUUUUCCUUUUUUGCCCUCACUGCACUGUGUUUUCCACAUUCAUUGGAUGUCUUGCAAGUUACUUCAGUCACCCAGCAUCCCUCCCCGGUCAAUACUGGAGAGGCUUGUCCGGAACGGCUUCCUGUUCCGUUCAGUCCCCUCGCUCUUUGCUGUGAGCCUGCUGUCAGCUACUGUGCCAAGCACUGUACAUGGUCAGGGUUGUGUUCCGUGCCGUGCCGGUGGUAGUGGUGGAAAGUGCCGUGAGGUUGCAGCCGAUUUACGGCAACCCCCUCAUGGGGUUUUCAAGGCAAGCUAUGUCCAAAGCCUAU